AUGUUUGGUCCUUUCCGCCUCACAAACCCGCUGUCGGGUGGUCUACUAUGGAAGAUACCAUGGCGACUCUCCAGACAUCAGAAGUACAGGCAUCGCGAGCGCCUACGGCACGUCGACACCGUGGUCGGCACACUCGAUACCGCACUACGACGCAUGGGACAAAGCAUGAAGAAGGUGGAGCGCUGGAAGAUGGAGAUGCCGACUGAGCAGGAGAUGCUACCCAAAGACAAAUAUACCGUCUUCGAUCGCAAGGUGAAGAGGUAUCGGAAGGGCAUACAUAAGGUGCCAAAGUGGACAAGAGUCAGUCAACGACUCAAUCCUCCCGGUUUCUAG